AUGUCCCGUCUCCGCCAAGCGGGGCUGCAAGAGUCCCUGGGGGCCCCCGCCCAAGCCCAGGGGGCGGCCCCCACACCACGCCAAAACCGGGGCACCGGGGCCCAGGGGGGAAUCACUCUCACCGUCCGGAGGGGACCAGAGGGACCGAGGCAGGUCUUUCUGCGACAGCCUCCAACGGGGGUGCGGCUCCAGAGGCGGGUCUUUCAGCGACAGCCUCCCACGGGGGUGCGGCUCGAGAGGCGGGUCUUUCAGCGACAGCUUCCCACGGGGGUGCGGCACGGGAGCAUGAGCCGGCGUGCCCGGCGUCCGGACACGGGGGCGCCCUCCGGGGUCUCGCAGCAAACCUGGUCAGUGUGUCAAGUCCGACCGGGUACUACGCCCCCGUAA